UAUGGAAUUGCUGAAAGCGUUGGCAUCGUCCACUCACCAACCCCCGACCACAAACGCCACCAACCACCAAACUCACCGAACCGCAGACUUCAAAAAGCAAGGCUCCUUGCAGGCGCUGCACAUUCAACUCUAGUUUGCAAAAUGGAGACUAGCAGCGGUUUGCUUGCUUCAGCUUCUUCUGACCAAAGAAUGGAAGGUGGAGAUAUCAGCAGGAACGCGACUUUGAUUUGUGUUCCUAUAAUGGCGGAAUCUGUAGAUAAGAUGGUGAUCGACGCUGGUAAAGCUAAAGCUAGUGGUGCUGACCUUGUGGAAAUUCGAUUAGAUAGUUUAAAGAGCUUUAGUCCUCUCGACGAUCUUAAGACCAUAAUUACAGAAUGCCCUUUGCCCACUCUCUUCACCUACAGACCAAAAUGGGAGGGUGGUCAGUAUGAUGGUGAUGAAAAGGAGCGAUUAAAUACACUCCGAUUGGCCAUGGAGUUGGGAGCUGAUUAUGUUGAUGUGGAGCUUCAGGUUGCUGGUGAGUUCGUGAACUCUAUAUAUGAAAAGAAGCCUGAGAAAUUCAAAGUCAUUGUUUCCUCUCACAACUACCAGAAUACUCCAUCUGCUGAGGAUCUCAGUAACCUUGUUGCAAAAAUACAAUCAACUGGAGCUGACAUAGUGAAGAUUGCGACAACUGCUUUGGACAUCACUGAUGUGGCACGCAUUUUCCAAAUAACUGUGCAUUCUCAAGUUCCAGUAAUUGGACUUGUUAUGGGAGAAAGAGGUUUGAUUUCACGAAUACUUUGUGCAAAAUUUGGUGGUUAUCUCACUUUUGGAACCCUUGAGGCUGGAAUAGUUUCAGCUCCUGGUCAACCGACAAUAAAGGAUCUAUUGUAUCUGUACAAUUUCAGACAGAUAGGCCCUGAUACAAAAGUAUAUGGGAUUAUUGGGAAGCCUGUUAGUCACAGCAAAUCACCUGCUUUACACAAUGAGGCAUUCAAGUCAGUGGGUUUCAAUGGCGUUUAUGUGCAUUUGUUGGUCGAUGACAUUGCAAAUUUUCUCUGGACUUAUUCAUCCCCAGAUUUUGCUGGAUUCAGUUGCACAAUUCCUCACAAAGAGGCUGCAAUGAAAUCCUGUGAUGAGGUUGAUCCAGUGGCAAAGUCAAUAGGAGCUGUCAAUUGUAUCAUAAGGAGAUAUAAUGAUGGGAAGUUACUUGGUUACAAUACCGACUACGUUGGUGCUAUUUCUGCUAUUGAGGACCGAUUGCAAGCUUCAGGUAAUGCUAAUAGUGCAGCUGGUUCACCAUUAGCUGGUAAGCUGUUUGUGGUAAUUGGUGCCGGUGGUGCUGGCAAGGCACUCGGUUAUGGUGCAAAACAAAAGGGAGCUAGGGUUGUGAUCGCUAAUCGCACUUAUGGUAAGGUUUGAAUAGUAAAUUGCUUUUUUAUAUUAGUUUGGUGUUAAUACAGUGAGAUAGAAUCACCAAUGACAUGUAGUUUGAAGAGGAAGAUUACGGAGGUUGGGGCUGUCAAAAACAAAAAGUUGAUCAGUUGAUCUCCAAUGAUUUAAAGGAAAGGAUAUUGUGUGGUUAACUGCUAAUUCAGUAUUGAUUUAAUUUACUUGAGUUGCUGUAAUAGUGUAUCAAGUGAAGACUCGGGGUUGUGCGAGAUUUGUGCUUGGGAUUUGGAACCAUUCUCGACUAUCAUGAAUGCAACACGGGCCAAGGAUGUUUCUUGGCUUUGGGAACGUUUUUCGAACCUGGGAAUGAACCUAGGUCCCAGGAUUGCACCAAGGUUGCACAAUUGCACCACUGUUCAAGGAGUGUGUCGCAUCCUAGGGAUGUGCAUAGAACUUAGUGUGGAGAAUGAAGUAUGUUUUUUAUUGAAUAAUAUAGGGCCUUAUAUAUACAGAUUUUAUGAAUAACAAAAUAAAAUACUAUUAAUUACAUAAGAAGGGUAUAUUAUACCAUUUAGCCUAACAGAGGAAGAUGAUUUGUGGAGAAGAAUAAUUUCAGUAAAAUUUGACAUCGAUGACUGGGGUUGUUUCACUAGAGAAAGCUCAAGACCAUAUGGCAGAAGUCUGUGGAAGAAGCUCAUCCAAAGAAAAGUCAACUUCCUGGAGUGUACAAAGUGGAAGGUGGGAAGGGGAAAUAGAGUGAGAUAUUGGGAGGAUAAGUGGAUGGAAGAGGAUACUUUGAUGGCACAUUUCCCUCAUAAUUAUACAAUAGUACAACAGAAAAACAUUAAAAUAUGUGACUCUCUUGCGGUGAAUAGCAGUAGAGGGAAGGAGUGGCAGGUCUUGGUAUCGAGAUUACUUAACGAUUAGAAGAUUGACGAAUAUGAGGAGUUACUUCAGAAAUUAUCUUGCAUAUAACUGGAGAACAGUACUGAUUCUCCCCUUUGGAGCCUUAGACACACCGGAUAAUUUUUGGUUAAAUUUUCCAACACAAAGCUGUACAAGUAUAGUGAUGAUGGUACUUGCUUUCUUGUCAGACAGAUAUGGAAGACCAGAAUCCCUUCUCGGAUUUCUUUUUUUGCUUGGGAGGGUAGUUGGGAAUGUUUCUUAACCAUUGACAACCUGGAGAAAAGGGGAAAUAUUUUGAUUAACACCUGUUUUCUCUACAAGAAGGAUGAGGAGACUUGUAAGCAUGUGUUACUGCAUUGUCUGGUGGUCUAUGAGUUAUGGAUUAUAGUUUAUGGGCUGUUGGGUGUAAGUUGAGUGAUGAUGGGUUCGGUGAGGAAAGAAGUUUGAACAUGGAAGGGCAUUAGAGGCGGAAGAAAACAUAUGAACUUUAUCCCGUUUACUAUCUUUUGGGUUGUUUGGAA